AUGGCAGCAGAAGCAGUGCGGAAGACCCCGAUCCCUUAUCCCGCGGUAGAGAGCGUAGAGGAAGGCCCCGAGACGCAGGAGGGGUGGCAAGCCUUUUGGGGAAGCCUUUCUGCGGGUAUUUUCGUUUUAGAAGGUUCUUCCUUUGUUUGUGCUGGCCUGGCAUUCAGAGAGCGAGCGACACCCGCCCAUCCUGCUCCCCUGCUUCGAGGCACUGGAGCGGCGCAGCGAGCCGCGUGUCUCUUUCAGCCGUCUUCCGCGCCGAGGACUUUGCGAUCUGGGCUUCGAAGUCAGGAAAUUUCCCCUAAAUGGAAACCUUGGUGCUCGGGAAGACAGCUGCAGCGGCCCCAAUCUCGGGGUGCGGCGUCAACGGCAGCGGCAGCAGCAACGGCAGCAGCAGCAACGGCAGCAGCAACGACGGCAGCACCUUGCCGUGCUGCGGGAGGUCCUCCUCCUUCGGUGCGCAGUUGCGAUGGAACCUUCACCGGAGGGACAGAGAGACCGGAGCCAUUGCUGUCUUUGAGGGGCCUCUCUUCGCCUGCAGCGCUGGGAUCGUUGCGAGCAGCUGUGGCCGUUCCCACAGAUGGCAAGUCUGCGGAAGCGGACGGUGCAGAAGUCUUCUGCCCGAGCACUUCCUCCGCAACAAAAGCCGUCGAGAGUGCUGCCUGUGGUGGUACUAUGAAGAGUGCUGCCUGUGGUGAUACUACAGAGAGUGCUGCCUGUGGUGAUACUAUGAAGAGUGCUGCCUGUGGUGAUACUAUGAAGAGUGCUGCCUGUGGUGGUACUACAGAGAGUGCUGCCUGUGGUGAUACUACAAAGAGUAAUGCCUGUGGUGAUACUACAAAGAGUAAUGCCUGUGGUGAUACUACAAAGAGUAAUGCCUGUGGUGAUACUACAAAGAGUAAUGCCUGUGGUGAUACUACAGAGAGUGCUGCCUGUGGUGAUACUCUGAAGAGUACUGCCUGUGGUGGUACUAUGAAGAGUACUGCCUGUGGUGAUACUACAGAGAGUGCUGCCUGUGGUGAUACUACAGAGAGUACUGCCUGUGGUGGUACUACAAAGAGUAAUGCCUGUGGUGAUACUACAAAGAGUACUGCCUGUGGUGAUACUACAAAGAGUAAUGCCUGUGGUGAUACUACAGAGAGUGCUGCCUGUGGUGAUACUACAAAGAGUACUGCCUGUGGUGAUACUACAGAGAGUGCUGCCUGUGGUGAUACUACAGAGAGUGCUUCCUGUGGUGAUACUAUGAAGAGUGCUGCCUGUGGUGAUACUACAGAGAGUGCUGCCUGUGGUGAUAACACAGAGAGUGCUGCCUGUGGUGAUACUCUGAAGAGUACUGCCUGUGGUGGUACUACAAAGAGUAAUGCCUGUGGUGGUACUAUGAAGAGUACUGCCUGUGGUGAUACUACAAAGAGUAAUGCCUGUGGUGAUACUACAAAGAGUAAUGCCUGCAGCAUCGACAGCGCCGGGGAGAACCUUGGCGAACAAGGCCCUCCAGCACAGGCCUUCACAGGUUCUCCCCCCUCCGCUGCUUGCAUCCCACGGGAAAUUCCCACAGAAGACUGCAUGCCAUCAAGGACAGAGGGCAGUGCUCUGCACGCCAAGCAACAAAGCGGCAGCGAUUUGCCAUCCGAGGCACCAGAGCUACGUUCGGAUAUGCAGUCUGAGCGUUCAUCAGGCGCAAAAACAGAAAGCAGUGACACAGAGGCAGCGGCAGAUGUCACCCGCAGACAUGGCCCUCUGGUUCUGAUUGUAACAGGGAUGGCGGGAAGCGGAAAAUCUACGCUCGUGAAGGCCAUGGAUACGCAGCUGCGUUCUGAGGGCAAGCGCGUCUACAUAGUGAACUUGGACCCUGCGGUGUCUCUGCUACCUUUUUCGCCAAACGUCGACAUACGGGAUAGUGUGGAAUACAAGCGAGUGAUGCAGCACUACAAGCUGGGGCCCAAUGGAGCCAUAAUGACUGCCUUGAAUCUCUUUGCAACUAAGUUUGGCUCCUUGUUGCACUUGCUGCAGCAGCGGAGUAGCAGCACAGACGUCGUGUUGAUCGACACUCCCGGGCAGAUUGAAGUCUUCACGUGGAGUGCGAGUGGGGCCCUCAUGACGGAGGCGCUUGCCACCACCUUCCCGACGGCUCUGGUGUACGCGGUAGACGCAUGCCGAAGCAAGUCCCCCAAUACGCUUCUCAGCAACAUGGUGCAUGCAUGCAGCGUGCUGUACAGACACAAGCUGCCCUUCCUGGCGGCCUUCACCAAAGUAGACGCGGAAGAUCCAGCGCUCCCUUUGCAGUGGAUGAUGGACUAUGAUGCGUUCCAGGAAGCUCUGCUUGCAGAUGACCGGUAUAUGGGCAGCUUGGGGCGCUCGACGGCCUUGGCACUCUGCGGCUUCUACGAAACCAUUGAAACCAUCUGCGUUUCAAGUGUCACGCUGCAGGGAAUGGAUCAAUUGUGGAGUAGACUGGCGAGGCUUCGCCGGGAGUACCAGGAGAGCUUUAUCCCAUACCUCCUUAAGCAGCGCGAGACUGUCCAGCAGAGAAAGCUAGAACGACAGCAGCAACAGAUGGCGAGGUUCAACGCCGACAGCAGCAGCGGGGGCUCGACGAACCGCAAGGAAUCUGCUGCUGCUACUGCUGCCUCGCACGAAGUAACCGCGGAAGCAGAGGGUGCUAGCGCCAAGAGAAAUGCGGAAAAGGAUUAG